GAAGAGAGAGAGAGAGAGAGAGAAAUAUAAUUUAAGGUGGAUUCUUAUCCAAGCCAAACAACCCACAUGGGCACGGUUAAAUUUUGAGGGAAGUUAACAGUGAUAAAUAAAAUGAUGAAGUCACUUCCGUAGCAAAAUACAGUACUAAUAAAUAAUGGCACCAAACAAACUCUUUCAACACCGUUACCCAUUUUCUUCCAAUCACUACUCACCAUUCUCUCUGCUCUCAACCAUUUCUCUUCUUUUCUCUCAUUUGCUUCUACUUUCAUUCUUAUAACCUUACCAAACCAACAAGCUUCAUUUUCCUUUCUUUUUUCCUCAUUUCUUCUCUGUUUCUCAGAUCUAUAAUCACCCAGAUCUUUUUUUUUUUUUUUUUUUUUCUGUUUGUGUUUGUAGACAUGAGUAAAGAAGAAUUUUUGAAGAUACAGAAAAGUGUUCUUAAAGUGAACAUACACUGCGAUGGAUGCAAGCACAAAGUGAAGAAAAUCUUGCAGAAAAUUGAUGGGGUGUUUACAACUGAAAUAGAUGCAGAGCAAGGAAAGGUUACAGUUUCAGGGAAUGUGGACCCUAACGUUCUCAUCAAGAAGCUUGCUAAAUCAGGAAAACACGCAGAGUUAUGGCCUUCACCCAAACCAAACAACAACAAUAAUAAUAACAACCAAAACCACCUUGUUAAUCAAUUAAAGAACAUGCAAAUUGAUAAUGGUAAAGGUGGUGGAAACAACAACAAUAACAAAGGACAGAUUCAGAAUCAGAAUCAGAAUCAGAAAGAUGGAAACAAUAAUCAACCGAAAAGUGGUCAACAAGGACCUAAUCCUCAGCAAUUACAACAGCUUCAGCUUCAGCAACAGUUACAGCAGCUUCAACAGAUGAAAGGGUUUCAAGAUCUGAAUCUACCUCAAUUUAAGGGUAUGAAACCACCCAAUCAAAAUCCGAACCAGAAUGCUAAAGCUGUUAAAUUUGAUGAAGACGAGGAUGAUUUUAGUGACGGUGAAUUAGAUGAUUUUGAUGAGGAGGAUGAUGACGAAGAAGAUGAUGAUUUUGAUGAUGAGUUUGAUGAUGAAAUGGAUGAGUUACCACCUAAUAAGAUGAAACCCCCUAACCCUGUGCCUAUGGGGAAUGGACCUCACAUGAUGAUGAAUGGGAAUCAUCCACAGCUUAUCAAUGCCAUGAAAGCUGGAAAUUUUAACGGCGGCGAUGGAAAGAAACCUGGUGGUGGACCUUUGCCGUUUCAAAUGCAGGGCAUGGUCGGUGGAAAUGGAAAUGGAGGAAAGAAUGGGGGUGGUGGUGGUGGUGGUAAUAAUCAGAAUCAUGGUGGAGGUAACAAAAAUAACGGUGGCAUACCAGAGGGUAAAAACAGUGGUGGUGGUGGUGGUGGAAAUAACAAUAACAAUAAUAAUCAGAACAGUGGGGGUAAAAAGGGUAUUUCUGUACCAAUAAGUGGUGGUGGUGGUGGUAAUAAUGUUCAAGCUAUGAACAAUAAUGGAUUUCAAAAAAUGAUGAUGGGUGGUGGUGGUGGUGGUCAUCCUCACCCCGCUAUGGGUGGAGGUAUGCCAAUCCCUGCCGUUCAAGGUCUACCGGCAAACGGCGGUGGUGGAUACUUCCAAGGUGGUGGUCCGGAAAUGAUGGCAGGGAAUCCUCAGCAGCAGCAGCAGCAACAACAACAACAACAGAUGAUGGCUGCUGCUGCGAUGAUGAACCAACAACGUGCAAUGAUGUAUGCAAGGCCACCUCCUGCUGUUAAUUAUAUGUACCCUCCUUAUCCUUAUCCUUAUCCUCCUCCAGAUCCUUACACUCACUUUUUCAGUGAUGAGAAUACUUCCAGCUGCAAUAUCAUGUGACUCUAUCAAUCAUCAUUCACCUAUCCUCUCUAAUUUUAUUUUAUCAAAUAUAUAUCAUCAUACCAAUGGAACGUGAGUUUUUUUUUCUUCAUUUUUCUUUGAUUAUGAUCCUCUUUCAUCAGAGGGACUAGUAGUUUAUAGAUAUAUAGUACUAUAUCUUAUCAUAUUAUUAUUAUUAUUAUGUUCUUCGGUUGUAGUAGUAGUAGUACUAUAUCAUAUAUGUGUUUAUAUUUUGGAAAUAGUAAUAAAAAAAAUUACAACCACA